AUGGAAAUCAUCACGCCCCAGGACUACCAGAACAACGCCCGGAAGCGCCAGCGCCGCAGUCUCCGGCCCUGCGACGCCUGCCGCAAGCGCAAGACGCGCUGCGUGACCAAGGACGGCGACGGCGACUGCGUCCACUGCCAGCUCCGCGCAACCGCCUGCACCUUCCAGCACGAUCCGCCGGAGCGCCAGGCCACGACGGGCGCGAGCAGCAACGGGGGCGGUGCGUACAGCGGCGACGAGCGGGCUGGGCUCGACGAACAGCCGGCGUCUGGGUCGGGCCAUCACCAGGGCCCCAGCUCGAUCCGGAGCCUCAGCCGGAGCCGCAAGGAGUCGCGAGAUGAGUCCCGAACGCUAGUAUCCGAGACGCAGUCGGUCCAGUCGGUCCAGUCGGUCCAGUCGGUCCAGUCGUUUCUCUCGCCCGCCGAGACUCGCGCCUCCGCCGACAGCAGCAGCCGCCAUCACCAAGCGCCGUCCGUCAUCGUGCCGGAGCUGAUCGAGCCGGGCCCCCUAGACCGGACCUUGGGCUGCUCGCUGUCGCGCUUCGCCGAGCUGUACGGCUUGGGCAGCGAUAUGGAGCCCAUCCUGAUGCGCCACCGCCCCUACGACGUCCGCACCCACGAGUUCAGCCUCGAGACCCAUGCUAUCCGCCGUGUUCUCGAGCAAGACGAGGGUCAGGAGUAUCCCGUCACCUUCCACUUGGCCGCUGAUGAAAAGGCCCUCGAGGCUGAUCCCACGACACACACCCUCAUCGACUCCAUCGAGGCCUGCGUCCACCCUCACGGCCCGAGCCUCCUCGUGCUCUUCUGGCGUCACGUCCAACCCUGCUAUCCCAUCGUGUCCAAGGAUGCCUUCAUCCUCAUCUACAGCCAGUCCUACCGCAACAUCCCCGCCGCCCUGCUGGCCGCCGUCUACCUGUCCGCCACUCGCUGGUGGACCUACGACCCGGAACUAUCAAUCCGCUCCCCCCCCGACGCAGCUCACCUCCGCAGGCUGCUGCGGACCGCUCUCCCAUCUUCAUAUCACCGCCCCAAGCUCUGCUCCAUCCAAGCUGCCCUCCUCUUCCUGCAGUGCCAGCCCGAGGAUCCCCUCAACCCAGACCAUACCUCCCAAUGGGGCCUCACCUGCCAGGCCCUGGCGAUAGGCCAGUGUCUCGGGCUUCAUCUCGAUGCCACCAAUUGGACCAUCCCUCAGUGGGAGCGCAACGUUCGCAAGCGCCUGAGCUGGGCCCUGUUCAUGCAAGACCGUUGGACAGCGCUGGCCUAUGGCCGCCCGGUCCACAUCCACGAGGACGACUGGACAGUCAAAGACCUCACCCCAGCGGAUUUUUCCGACUACGACGCCGAGGAUGAUCAAGAAGUCACCCCGGGGCCCAGCCCCGACGACGACGGGAGAUCGAUCGCUGCCACAGGCAUGGCACAAUACAUUCAGAUGGUGCGGUUGACGAAGAUUCUUUCAGCCGUCUACUCUAACUUCUAUACGGCGCGGACAUGCCGCGAACAGGACACUGUCAUCCUCUUCUCCAAGGCGAGACCACUCUUCGACAUGUUGACCAAUUGGUACCACAGUAUCCCCCCCACACUUCAGAUGAAUAUCAUAUAUCAGCGCAAGCUAUGCUUCCACGGCUAUCUCCACUUCUCCUACUACGGUGUGGCGAUGACACUACUCCGCCGACUCAUCCGGUCCACCGCGCUACCCCCGCGCUGCACUGACGAUCGGGUCCUCUCCGACAUUCGCCAGAUUGCCCUGCAGACUGCCCAGAGCGCCAUUAGCUUCGUCACCAGCCUUCGCCCGGACCAUCUCGAGGCGUUCUGGUACUUUACCUCACCCUACCUCUUCUCCUUGCUCGGCUCCUUCACCACCCUCCUCCUCGUCACAUCACUAUCAUCACAGGAGCGCCAUUUCUGGCAGGAGACGCUCAACUCCUAUCUAUGGAACCUGCGUAUGAUGAGCAAGAGCCACGAGCCCAUGCAGUACGCCGUGAACCGCCUCGAAGGGGCCAUCCUCCGCGGCCUGGAGCACGCCUUGGCUGUCAACCUCAACGAGCCCCUCAACGACAAGGUCAGCCCCAUGAUGGGCAAUUAUGCGUCUGAUAUCUAUGAAUACACCGACUUUGGCGACUGGGACCUGGCUGUACAGGGCAACGGGGCGUAUGACCUCCUGGGCGGCCUGGCCCUGCAACCAGAUCCCAUGAUGCCGCCUAGGGAUGAUCUGGGAUGA